AUGGGAACAGGAGACCGACUACUCGAUAUCCCGUGCAAUGUAUGCGGGGACCGUAGCUCCGGAAAGCACUACGGGAUCUACAGCUGCGACGGUUGCUCAGGGUUUUUCAAGAGAAGCAUUCACAGCAAUCGGGAGUACACCUGCAAAGCACAGGGUGCUAUGAAAGGGCGCUGCCCUAUCGACAAGACUCAUCGGAAUCAGUGUCGAGCAUGUCGACUUACUAAGUGCUUCCAAGCCAGCAUGAACAGAGACGCAGUACAACACGAGCGAGGACCCAGGAAGCCGAAACCACACUCGGUUCUUUCUGACAAACACCACCAGCAACAAAGUCCCGUCGUGGCGCAGAUCUCGCCCCAGUUGUCGCCACAUCCAGGAACGCCCAUUCAUCACGAGGCACCGCGCAUCGACCUGACCAGGACUCAUCUAUUGUCUCAUCACAGGCGACUGAGAUGCGACCAAAGGCCGGUUCCUUAUCCGCGAACUGUGUCCCUCGUCCAGAAACCGUCGGAAGAUUCUCCAUCCCCUGCUCCCCGAAAUUUGCCUCCUCCACCUCCUGCUGGAAAUGGUCUUUAUCACACGGCCACCGUCACUCUCGGCUCUCAGCCUCCUUUGCUACACAAUCUCAUAUCGGCCGAGAAAUGUCAAGAAUUUGUAUGGGGCACUGGCUUACAACCGGAAGGCGAGGGGUCCUUGGAUCAAUCGGAAGCGGAAACUAGUCAUAGUCCUGUGGGGCUCAGCCCAACCUGGGAAGUGCUACAGGAGACAACUGCACGACUUCUUUUUAUGUCUGUACGAUGGGUCCGCUGUCUGGGACCUUUUCAAACCCUGUCGAAAGAAGACCAACUACUGUUGCUACAACAGGCUUGGACCCAGUUGUUUCUCCUACAUCUUGCACAGUGGUCUAUAUCCUGGGACAUCACGGGUCUUUUCGAGGGAGAACAAGUCCGCGAAAGAUUACCACCUGACGCUGAAUCUCGUCUCGAGCUCGCCACUAUUCAGAAAAUAAUGUGCAGAUUCAGACAACUCUCGCUCGAUGGAGGGGAAUGCGGCUGCUUGAAAGCAAUUGUCCUUUUUACCCCCGAAACUACGGGACUCCGGGACGUCCAGUCCGUCGAACUGCUGCAGGAUCAGGCGCAAUGUAUCCUUGGAGAUUACAUAAGAUCGCGUUAUCCACAACAGCCAAUGAGAUUUGGAAGGCUAUUGUUGUUGCUGCCACAUUUAAGGGCGGUGAAAUCGACCACCGUGGAACUUUUGUUCUUUCGGGAGACCAUUGGGGAGAUUCCGAUAACAAAUCUUCUCGAUAAAAUGUACCAGCGUUACUAUACUUAA